AUGGCGACAACGCCGUUCUUCGCGCCAGUCAUCACGGAUGCACCAUCCGUUGACACCAUAACUCUGUCCGUCUCUUUCGCCGCUUCACCUGCCGCGUUUUCCGGUAGCGAAUCUCGCCAUCGAUUCCUCACCUGCUCUGCGCGCGCACGGAAAUUCGGUGCUGAGGAAGUUUCCGCCGAACGCUCUUCUCCUUCUGCCGACGCAAAAACAGCUGCAGAUGGGGAGAAUGUAGCUGAGAAUACGGCGGCGGGGGAUACGGAGAAGAAGCCGGAGGAUGCAGGGAAGAAAGCGGAGGAUGCAGGGAAGAAAGCGGAGGAUGUGGGGAAGAAGGCGCAGAAGUGGGGGAAGGAGCUGGAGAAACGCUUGCACCGGUUACGGGAAGAAAUGGCGGAAGUGGAUGGGGGGAAGGGCGUCAACGCCUUAAUCAUCCCGUCAGAAGCCCCGCACCAGAGCGAGUACAUGGCGCCGUGCUUCGAGCGCCGCACGUUCAUCUCGGGCUUCACGGGCUCCGCGGGCACGGCGAUGGUCACGCGCGAGCACGCGCUGCUGUGGACGAACGGGCGCUACUUCCUGCAGGCGGAGCAGCAGCUUCCGCCGGGCUGGGACCUCAUGCGCGUGGGCAUGCGCGGCGUGCCCUCCGUCGCGGACUGGCUGGCGGAAGCUCUCCCCGCGGGCAGCCGAGUGGGGGUGGACCCGGUAAGUGGAAUGGAGGAUGGGAAAAAGGGGCGAGUGGGGGUGGACCCGUUUGUGCACUCGGCGGACAAAGUGAGGGGCCUGGCGGUCACGCUUGCAGUGUGCGUAUGUGUUCAUCCUUCCCCCUCUUCUCUCCCUCCCCCCUCCCUCUUUCGCCUUCAGUUUGUGCAUUCGGCUGACAACCGCCCCCCACCCCCAUCAGCGCCCAUGUGGGUGCACCCGAUCGAGUUCGCGGGGCAGACGGGACCUCCACCCCCAUUAGCGCCCAUGAGGGUGCACCCGAUCGAGUUCGCGGGGCAGACGGUGAGGGCGAAGCUCUUUCCAAUUCAGGUACUUCUCUCUCCUGUCUCAGAGCAGAGGCUCUUCCCUUCUCAUUUCAACCAUCUCCAUAUGGCGCAUUUGGGCGCGGUGCAUUUGACUUCGGUGCAGUCGAGUGCGGUGCAUUUGAGUGGUGAUGAGGUUUAG